GACGCACUGAUUGGUGUCACCUUGUUAGUCAGUAUGUGUUAUACCUGUGCUGGCUUGUCCAUCUCGUUACUGGGAAGGUGUUUCACCUGAGCUGGUCCAGGUUCUAUUUAAGAGUGUCUGGCCCAGUGCUCCAGUUGUCUUGAUAGAUGUGGAGAGUCAACACCUUUAGUUUGCUCCACCUUUUUGGAUUUUCUUUUUUGAUUUGAUUCCUGUUUAUAAGUUUGAGGUGGUGGGACGGGUGCGCCAUCGUCCGUGAGGAGAUGGCGCAAAGUACAUCUGGACCGUCGGUUCCGGGGAUUGGACUGGCCAACACGGUGCGCUUUUCUUGGCGGGGAAAAGAGAUGGAGCCUUGGGGGAGAGAAACCUUCGGGAGGAACAUCCUAAUGGGGCACCUAAAAUUGAAGGUUAGAGAUGUUCUCUGCCUUCAGGGGAACCCAAUGGAGAAGGGGUUUGAUGUAACCCUAUAUUUGGAAGAAAAACACAAUGAGAUUAUGAAGACGGUGACGGAAAGGAAAGAAGGUCCCCUGUGUCAUUACACGGUGACCAGCCUGGCAAGAAACAACUUCAGGGUGGUCACCAUAACCAUGUACAAGCCGCACGUGAAGGACGAAGAAGUGAGGGCCUUUCUGGGGAGGUACAUGGACAAUGUCUCUUCAGCGAGGUACCUCGGGGACUUCCUGGGUUUCUGGAAUGGGAAGAGAGGCUUCCAGGCGUUACUCAGGGAGUCCCCGAAGAGUGUGGAUGGCUACCUCCAUCCUCCGGCGAUGUUCUCCCUGGGGGCUGACAGGGGAACACUCUACUAUGCACGUCAGCCCCCGUUCUGCAGGCGUUGUAUGGCCUACGGCCAUACCCUGGCCUCGUGCAGCAACAAGAAGUGUCGCUUUUGUGGGUCGGAAGAGCACGAGGCCAGGGAGUGUGACGAGCCCAAGGCUUGCCACGGGUGUGGCUCCCGAGAACACCUGUGGCGUGAUUGCCUGGCUCGUCACAGGUCAUACGCGUCUGCAGCUGGGGGGGGAGCGGGGGAUGGGGGGAGAAAAGAAAGGACGCGUGCGGAUUGUACGGAUGGCACAGGGGAAAGGACGGAGAAGGACGAAGAAGGAAGAGGCGAAAAGAAAGAGGAGUGAAGAUGGAAAGAAGGAAAAAGAAGGAGAAGAAAAAGAAGGCGGAAGAACAGGAAGGAGCGGAGAAGAGGGAGAGUGGGACAGUGGUGCGAGAAGGAGUGGAAGAGGGAGUG